AUGGCUGCCGGACAAAACAGAACAACUGUGCCGGCGAAUCUAAAGAAACAGCUCGCAGUUUCAGUUCGACGCAUUCAGUGGAGUUAUGCAAUCUUUUGGUCUGUCUCUGCUUCUCAGUCUGGAGUACUAGAAUGGGGAGAUGGAUAUUAUAAUGGAGAUAUCAAAACGAGAAAGACGAUUCAAUCGUCGGAGAUCAAAACUGAUCAGCUUGGUUUAAGGAGGAGCGAGCAGCUUAGAGAGCUUUACGAGUCCCUCUCCGUCGCUGAAUCUUCUUCCUCCGGAUCUCAGGUCACUAGACGAGCUUCCGCCGCCGCACUUUCCCCGGAAGAUCUCGCCGACACAGAGUGGUACUACUUGGUCUGUAUGUCUUUCGUCUUCAACAUUGGUGAAGGAAUGCCUGGACGAACGUUUGUGAAUGGUGAACCGAUUUGGCUAUGCAACGCUCAUACCGCGGAUAGUAAAGUCUUUAGCCGCUCUCUUCUGGCAAAAAGUGCUUCGAUUGAGACAGUGAUUUGCUUCCCGUUUCUAGGAGGAGUCCUUGAGAUCGGUACCACAGAACAUGUGUCAGAGGACAUGAAUGUAAUACAAUGCGUGAAGACAUCAUUCCUUGAAGCUCCUGAUCCUUACGCUACAAUAUUACAAACAAGAUCCGAUUAUCACAUCGACAACGUUCUUGAUCAGCAACAGAUUCUAGGCGACGAGAUUUAUGCUCCCAUGUUUGCAACGGAGCCAUUUCCCACGACUUCUCCGCGCAGAACUUUCGAUCCGGAACACGAACAAGAUCAUGAUUCGUUCAUGGCAGAAGGAAUCAAUGGGGGAGCAUCUCAGGUCCAAAGCUGGCAGCUCAUGGAUGAAGAGCUCAGUAACUGCGUUCACCAGUCACUGAAUUCCAGCGAUUGCGUCUCUCGAACGUUUGUUGAAGCAGCGUCUGGACGGGUUUCUUGCAGCGCAAGAAAAGGUAGGGCUCAACGGCUAGGGCAAAUUCAAGAGAAACAGAGAAAUGUGAAGAUGUUGUCUUUUGAUCCAAGAAACGACGACGUUCAUUACCAAAGUGUGAUUUCCACGAUUUUUAAGACAAACCAUCAGCUAAUCCUCGGACCGCAAUUUCGAAACUGUGAUAAACGGUCGAGCUUCACGAGGUGGAACAAAUCAUCAUCAUCAUCUUCGUCAGGAACUACCUCGGUCGCACCAGUGUCACAAGGAAUGUUAAAGAAGAUUCUUUUCGAGGUUCCACGAGUGCACCAGAAAGAGACGUUAUUAUUAAAUUCUCCAGAGAUCGGGGAUGAAACCGCAAACCACGCGGUGUUAGAAAAGAAACGACGUGAGAAAUUGAACGAACGAUUCUUGAUCUUGAGAUCAAUCAUUCCUUCAAUCAAUAAGAUCGAUAAAGUAUCGAUUCUUGAUGAUACGAUUGAGUAUCUUCAAGAACUCGAAAGGCGAGUUGAAGAACUAGAAUCAACCGACACAGAAAACCGUGGGACAAUGACGAUGAAGAGGAAGAAGUCGCACGAUGCAGGGGAAAGAACAUCAGCUAAUUGCACAAACAGUGAAACUGGAAACGGCAAGAGAGUUCAGAUUGGAGAAGCCAAACCAGCAGAAACCGAUAAUACCGGUCUAACCGAUAAUUUAAGGAUCAGUCCGUUUGGUAAUGAGGUGGUUAUUGAGCUUAGAUGUGCUUGGAGAGAAGGAGUAUUGCUGGAGAUAAUGGAUGUGAUUAGUGAUCUCAACUUGGAUUCUCAUUCGGUACAAUCCUCGACAGGAGAUGGUUUACUCUGGUUAACAAUCAAUUGCAAGCACAAGGGUUCAAAAAUAGCGACACCAGGAAUGAUCAAAGAGGCACUUCAAAAGGUUGCAUGGAUCUGUUGA